UGCUAAACUUAGGUUUUUUUUUUUUUUUCAAGGAUCCGGAUCUUGCUCUGUUGUCCGAAAUCAAAUCAGACACUUCCAAUUUCCUCCACAGGACUCUUUCACUCUUCCUAAUAAGGCCAAUUCGCACGUUGCCCGCCACCGCGCACCGCCGCAUCGCUGAAACUCACGGUAUCGUUAUUGUAAGGUACGUUCUCGAUCAAAUCCGAUCCGAUCAAUUAAUCUCUGCUUAGAUCCACACAUUUGCAAAAAACCAUGAACUCGAAUUACGGAAGAGGUUCAUCAGGUUCGCUAAAAAACUUCGAUUUCGAUCUCGGCCUCGGAUCGGGCCGAUCCAAAUCCAUGAACGACCAAAAGAACCAAACCACAUCUUCAUUUUCAUCUUAUUCAUCAACAACGUCUACUGCACAAUCGAAGCCCUCGUGGCAACCCAACAAGCCGUCGUGGACUCACCAACCCACCGCGAAUCAGGCCAACCAAUCCGGGUUAUCCGGACCGACUUCCAUGGUGGGGGACAUCUUUGGCAAGAGCUGGGCUUCUUCGGGUCCUUCAGGGAGUCAUAGUUCUGGGAUCGGAAUCGUUAACAAGACCCCUAAUUUGUUCGAGGAUUUGGUUAGCUCUGCUUUGGGACUGGGGAAAAGUAAUGUUCCUUUGAAAAAUGCAAAUCCCACUUCGAAUUCUUCGAGUAAAAGUCCAUAUUCGAUGGGGAAUUUUACUGAUUCAUUGCCAAAAACUAGUGGAAAUUGGGGAACUUCUGGUGGAUAUAAUAAUAGCAGUGGUAGUAGUAAUAUUAACGUGAAUAUUAAUAAUAGUAAGAGUCAGAAUCUUGGGGGUCCUUCGAUGAAAGGUAUGGCUGGAGGUGCAGGUGGAGUUGGAGGUGGAAGUGGGAUUGGUUUGAAGAAAGACCCUUUUGGUUCUUUGGUUGAUUUUUCAUCAAAACCAUCAGGUAGUCUUAAUUCAGGAAGUAAUAAAGGUAAUAUGGCAAAUGUUACCGAUGACGCAUUUGGGGUUUUUCAGAAUGCUUCGAAACCAAGCACAACUACAGUUCCGCCGAGUGGUUUUGGUUCAAGUAGUAAUGACUUUAUGGGCUCGAAUAUGGCGUCUGGUUUGAAUGUGGAUGAUUUCGGGAUGCCUGCAAAGAAUGUUGGAUCUCAAAGUCAGCCAUCUUUUCAAAGCUCGGGUGGUGAUCCUCUAGAUAUGUUCUUUUCGUCAUCUUCAGCUUCGGCUGGAGGUGUUAAACAAGCAUCUGGUGGAGGUGGAGGGCAGCAAUUUUCCGCAGUUGAUGAUUGGGGGCUGGACUCUGAGUUUGGAGGUGCAGGAGGAACUGCUGAAGGUGGUUCAACUACUGAACUUGAAGGGCUUCCUCCUCCCCCGGCUGGAGUCACAGCAUCUGCUGCAAAGAGUAAGGGCAUUGACAACCAGAAGCAAGGCCAGUAUGCUGAUGCCAUUAAAUGGCUGUCAUGGGCUGUGAUUCUUUUUGAGAAGGCAAACGAUAAUGCUGGCAGCAUGGAGGUUUUAUCAUGUAGGGCUUCUUGUUAUAAAGAGGUUGGGGAGUAUAAGAAGGCUGUAGCUGACUGUUCAAAGGUGCUAGAGCACGAUGUCACAAAUGUGUCUGUCCUUGUACAACGUGCUCUCUUGUAUGAAAGCAUGGAGAAAUACAAACUUGGGGCAGAAGAUCUGAGAACUGUUCUGAAGAUUGAUCCCAGUAACAGGAUUGCAAGAAGCACCGUCCAUCGCUUGACUAAAAUGGCAGGCUAGAUGGUUUUAAGAUUCUUUUAUUUGUAUUAGCUUCUUCAUUUAGGUUGAUAUCUUUUCCCCUUAUACUAUCAAGAGAAUUAUGGGGAAUAAUAACCUUUUUCCUACAUACGUGGUCUUUCAACUUAUAUAUGGCAUUGCAGAGGGUUUUGCAUGUAUGCUGUGGUUGAAUAUUUUUCUUGUUUUGAUUGUGAUUGGAAAUGGUUCUUCUUUGACACUCAAAAAUAGCUUUGGGAAUUUGCAAUCAAAUUUCAGCAUGUAUGGUUUUGUGUAUAUGUGGAGAACAAUAUUUUAUGGUCGA